AUGCCCACCAAGAGCGCGCCGCGGGGUGGCCUCCGGCGGCCGCUGCUCCGGUGCCGCUCCGCCCAGCGCUCCGGGAGCGGGCCGGGGCUGCGCUCGCGGGCUAGGUGGGGGCGCGGCAGACUCGCGGGGCUGGGAGGAGCGGGCUGCCCGGGAGAGGCGUGUCCAGGCGGAGGACCGCGGGCAGGCGGGCAGGGGACCGCCGGGGAAGGCAGAGGAUGUCACGACCGGGCCGUCCUGCUCUACGAGUAUGUGGGCAAGCGGAUUGUGGACCUGCAGCACACCGAGGUCCCCGACGCCUACCGCGGGCGCGGCAUCGCCAAGCACCUGGCUAAGGCUGCCCUGGACUUUGUAGUGGAGGAGGACCUGAAGGCCCAUCUCACGUGCUGGUACAUCCAGAAGUAUGUCAAGGAGAACCCGCUGCCACAGUACCUAGAGCGCCUCCAGCCAUAACCCCGGCCCGCGGGCAGGAGCCCCCCGCGCCAGCCCUCUCCUCGCGGCCUUCGCCUGGCCCUCCGCCUGCUCUCAGGAAACCUGCUCCCCCCGGGGGCGGACUCAGAGUUAUUUUUGUAAGGACGCUCAUCGGGGGCCCCGGAGGCUGCCGGCCGACGAUGGGCAGUGGUCCAGCUACUGUGGUGAAGGGGAGGCCGGGCAGCCGAGGUCGCGGCGUUUCCUGCUCCGCAAACACCGGCUGGCUCCUCGGAAGGCCACUCCCGCCUUUUGUGGGGGGGCCUGCGGGGGCCGGCGGCCCGGACUGCAAGGUGGCCCGUCUGGGUCCCACCUGCUGGUCCCUCCUCUGCGAUCGGCAGGAGGGCUGAUGCGGGGCCCCCUGUGCCACCACCUAGGGCUGUGUCCUUCAUGCCGACAGGAGGGCAUUCCCCGAGUGGAGAGCAGCAAUAAGAAACCUCACGUCCACUUCCUGGGGCCAUGGCACUGUGCCACGGCUGCCGCCGCCGGCCUGCUCUCCCUCCAGCUUCUGCGCCCGGUGCUGGGGUCAGGCCGAGGCGAGGGGCAGCCCUCCUCGUGGGCAGAGCCUGGAAUGUGUGGACGGGGCGCCCACCGCGGCUCGACUGUGCACACGUGAGCACACGCGCACACACACACGCAUAUGCACACACACAGGACACUACGUGCAGGGCUGUGCGUCAGCGGAGUGGCUGAUGGAGGGAGCGCUGGGUGUUCUCUCCUUGGUACCUGUUCCCUUAAUCCCUCAUCUGUCAGCUCUGUGGGAAAUCGAAGUCCCCGUCCCCUGUGGCCACCCUCCCUGUUUGCCCCGUCUGCCUGGAGCCAGGCUCAGGUGCAGCCCGGGCACCAAGCCCUGGGAACCCCCCUUCCGCCAGCCUCCUGGCCCCCCUAUGGGUGGGCUUUGUCACAGAGGACCCGUUGGAGCUCUGGUGGGAGGUGGCACACUGUCCUCACAAAAUCAUCCUCAGCCCCAUGGGGAAGAAACAUCUCUGGGGAGGGAUUUCCUUUGUGGCCAUCGGAAGUCAGAGCACCUUUCCCUUUCAUGGCAGGCUUCUGGCUGGGCCUGUUCUCAGCACCCUUCCUUCCACAGGCUUUAUGAGCUGUUGAGGGCUCAGGGUCCUGUCCUCCUGUCCCCUCCUUCCUGCAGGGGUCAAAUCCAUGCCUGCCUCUGUGUGGGGCUGGAGGGUGACCGUGGAGUCAGAGUCCCUUUGGGGCUGAGACAUCGGCUAACAGCACAUCCCCUGGGGUACCGUGUUGCUCCAGGCUUCUGGCUGGGGGCGGGCUUGGGGAGGUGUGUGUGCUGGGGGGACUGCUUGCCACGGUGACCCCUCCCUUUCUCUUGACUUGUGGUAGCAGGCCUUGGCCUGUGGUUGCCUUCCCACUUACCUCUUUGCUCCCGGUCUCGGCACCGAGCUCACCACAACCAGCGCAGCAGCUCAGGGGCCCCCGCAGAUGUUGGCACAGACCCCUUCCCCCACAGCGGCAGGAAUGUCUAGAUCAGGGUGUGCAUGGAGGCCCGGCAGCCUGCCCACGGGGGUCCCUGAGCCCCAGAGAGGCACUGUCCUUGGCAUCCCCCACCCCCUCCCAUGUGCUCUCUCCGAGCCCCACUCCGGCCUCUAAGGAUCCCCCCCCACCGCGAGGGCUGAGGGCACCCCUCGCCUUCCCACCGUGCUCCUCGGUUCUGUUUGCAAAGGGCUAUCAUAAGGAGCCUGAGAAGCCCCCAGGCCUCUCCUGUGCUGGGAGUCCGCGGUGGGAGGAACUCUGGCAGGAAGUAGGUUCAGCUGAGUCCUCUCCAAGGCUGGGGGUGUCCCAUCCCUGGCGCAGCUCAAGGAAAGAGUGGGUCGUAGGCCCAAGAGUAGAUGGAUGGGCCAGUCUGGGGUCCCGGCCUUCUCCCUCCGACUCCUGGGGCAGGGGGGUUAUGGGUCCCCUUCCGCUCCCUUCCCCCAUCCACACAUGCCUCCCCAAGGUCAAACACAGCCUCGGUCAUGAAAACUGCCCAGUAGCUGAGAAAACUGGUGCUGUUUCCCCCGUGGCCUACAGGGUGACGUGAACCUGCUCCAGGAGACCACUUGGCGCCAGGGCCCUCCCAGUUCAGCCAUGGCAGGGAGCCCUACGGCAAUAGCACACGGGACCCCGGGGGAGGCCCCCGGGGCAAGCAGGGCCAAUGGGAGCCGAGAGCAACAUGGCAUUGAGAGAGCAGCCCUGUCCCGGUCCUCCAUGUGUCCCAGCCGGAACCUGUGUUCCUAACCGCAGGGGACAUGCCACACCUGGCCAGCAAACACACAAAACACUUAGUACUUGAACCAGGAGACAUGCAGGGUCUCAGGGGACUUGUAUCAGCCCUGGGCCCGGGAACAGCUUGUCCCCAGUUCCCUCAGGAGCGACCUGGAGCCUCCUGGCCUCCGGCUGCCUUAAUGUGCCGUGCACUGCCCCCUGCAGCGGCCAGCCUGCCCUCAGUCUUCAGCAGAGCCUCAAGGCAGCAACCCUGGUCUGCAGCAGACGCAGCCCCGGAGCGCCCAGCCCACCUCCCCGGCCUGCCCCCCUCCCCCGCCCCCAGGUGCUGCUCCGGGGCGCUCCAGCCUCGCCUGCAUCCAUCCUGGGCCCUCCAGGAGCCCUUCCUCAGCAAGCAGGUCAUGUGGGCCUGUUCCGCCCGCAGGGGCAGGGGGAUGCUCGGGGAUCCCACCGUGGCGCCCCCCCCUUCUAGCAGGUUGCCCCAAAGGCCCUGUGCUCUCCUGCCAUGUCUCGCUUGGGGGGCAGGGGGGGGUUCCUUCUCUUGCCGGUGAAAAUAGGUGGUAACUCAUGUGCCUUUCCUACUCAGGACGUGUUCCAGGUGGUGUCUGGGCCAAGGUCGGUCUCCAGACCCGCUCCCUUCGUUACUUUUCAAACUCCUGAACAGAUUGCAUGGCGUACAUUACAAUAAAAGGUGUGACCUAG